CAGGCACCAUCAGGCAUCGCCUCCGGCAGGCAACCAGAGCCUCCCCAUCGUCACCUCCAGCUACUUCACCUCCCCACCCCCCGCCGCCGGUGCCGCGCCACUUGCUCGCCGCCUCCUAGAGCGGGCGGGGGACCACCAGGUACACCACUUCGUCCGUGCCCGGUGUUGUCUUCCCUUCGCCCCUCUUCCAGCUCUCCGAGUCCACCCGCGCGCCGGAGCUGGGAGGGAGGAAACCAGAUGCUGUUCUGCUGCUCUCUCUCGCCCCCGGGAAUCCAAACUUAUCCGCUCCCACCAUUCCAGCAGCAGAGCAGCUCCCCGCGGAAAGUACGCAGCUUCGGCCGGCACAAGAGCAGCAAGGCCGAGCAUCAAUAUUUCAGGGCGCAAUCUUCCCGGGCGCGGACCAGGGACCAACCUUUGCGUGCCCAAACGCACCCAGAUGAUGGCUACGGCCCUCCGGAGCAAGACCCUGAGGCCGAGGGGCGCUCGCCAGGCUCCCCGGACGCGGAGACGCUUGCUUCCUGGUUGCGUUCCUGCGGCACCGUGGCCGAUGUUCGGCGAGUGCACGGGGUUGCUGUGCGGUCGCCGGAUGGCCCGGGGAUUUUCCUGGCUAAUAAUUUGAUCACUUCAUAUGCGAGGUUCCAUGAGAUUUCAGACGCGAGGAAGGUGUUUGAUGAAAUGCCUGAGAGGACCGUUGUGUCGUGGACGGCUAUGAUGAAUGGGUAUCAGAAAUCGGGCAGCUACAGUGAGGUCGUCAGGCUGUUCUUGGAUAUGAUGGCCAGCGGGGAGCGAGGUAACAGCUUGAGUUUCGUCUGCUUGUUGAAGUCUUGUGGUGAGCAAUCCAAUGCUAAGCUAGGGCGGCAGGUCCAUUGUUGUGUUGUGAAAGGAGGGUGGAGCAACGUGAUUGUGGAUAGUGCCGUUGCACACUUCUAUGCUCGGUGUGGUGAUGUUGCCAGCGCUUCAAUGAUGUUCGAUAAGAUGACCUCUCGUGAUGUCAUCUCGUGGACAACAAUGAUCACGGCUUAUGUGCAGCAUGGGCGUGGGGAUAAGGCCCUUCAGAUGUUUCCGGCGAUGAUCUCUGAGGGAUUUCACCCUAAUGAGUUCACGGUGUGCAGCAUCCUCAAGGCUUGUGCAGAAGAGAAGGCUCUAAGAUGUGGGAAGCAGCUGCAUGGUGCUCUUGUGAAGAAGUUGUUCAAAAAUGACAUCCAUGUCGGCAGCGCUCUUGUUACCAUGUAUGCCAGAAACAGGGAAGUGUCUGAUGCUCAGGCAGUGUUUGAUAUGAUGCCUAGAAGAAACACUAUUACAUGGACUUCUCUGAUCUCGGGCUAUGCGCAGAGUAGCCAGGCUGAAAAGGCUAUCAUGUUGUUUCGACAGAUGAAGACGCGACGGGUAUCUGUUAACAAUCUUACCAUUGUUGGUCUUCUUAGUGCCUGUGGCUCCAUAAGAUCACUCAGUCUUGGUAAGGAACUGCAUGCACAGGUAAUAAAGAAUUCAAUUCAGGAGAAUCUUCAAAUUGGGAGUACGCUUGUUUGGUGCUACUGUAAAUGUGGAGAGUAUACAUAUGCUGCACGAAUUCUAGAAGAAAUGCCAGACCGUGAUGCUGUCUCAUGGACAGCUAUGAUUUCAGGCUACAAUAGUGUUGGUCAUAGUGCUGAAGCACUCAAGUCAUUAGAUGAUAUGUUAUGGGAUGGUGUGACUCCAAAUACCUACACUUAUUCCUCAGCUUUGAAAGCCUGUGCGAAACUAGAGGCUCUGCAAGAUGGAAGGAGGAUUCACGGUGUUGUUAACAAGACUCCUGCCUUCUCAAAUGUGUUUGUGGGAAGCUCAUUGAUCGACAUGUACAUGAGGUGUGGAAAAGUUGACGAAGCUCGACGAGUCUUCAACGCCAUGCCAGAACACAACUUGGUAACAUGGAAAGUGAUAAUUACAGGAUUUGCUCAGAAUGACCUCUGUGAAGAGGCUUUUAAGUAUAUGUACCUAAUGCAGCAACAAGGGCACGACGCUGAUGACUUUAUGCUUUCAAAAGUUCUGACAUCAUGCGGUGAUCUUCAAUGGAAGUCAGAUUCCAUCUCUUUUUCUGGCUCGAAUACUGGUUCACUCAGAUAGAUUUGUACUUAUUGUGCUAAUGUUAUCAUAAAGCUGCACAUGUGGCUCUGCUGACCUCAGAGUGGUUGACCUGUUGGCCUAACGUUGCAGCUCAUGCUAAAAGAAGGUGUUAUUUCCUGGUAAUAUGUGCGGAGAAUGCGUAGUUUGUGAAUAUUUUUUCAAGAAGCGUAUUUCUUUUUUCUUGCUUGAUGCUAUAUAUCAAUUUAACAUGUUCUCUAAUAUUUUUCUCACUAAAUUCUGUUCUUGUUCAUUGAAAGAAUCUAAAACCCAAGAUGUUACUUAGAUUCAGAAAGUUUCCAUCCACUUCAUCGGUUUGUUGCUUGAAUAGCUGAUUCUUGCUCUAAUGUUUAGCUUGUCAUAUAAUGUAAUCAGAUACAGUCCCCUCUUAUUUCUGAAUACUUGGGAAAGGUGAUGACAGAGAUAAUGAAACAAGAGCAAAUAAUUGAUGGAGUAAAGCCGUUGCAAUAGUUAUUCUAAUGAAAUGUUCUAUGUCAAAAGUAUUAGUAACAAGCAGCCUGUUAUUAGUUAUCCGUAUACUCUUCCACAUCAGAUCCCCUGUCUGGCCACUUCUUUCCUUUUAUCUUCAUCAUUGAACAGAGAAACAAACUGUAAGAAUACCUUUUGUGCUUCAUCUUCUAAGACAUCGCUUGAUUGUUACAUUGUGAAGGAGAUUGCCAUAUGAGUACAUGAUAGAUACAAUUAUUAAUGAUUUCUGCAUUGAAGUCACGCACUACAACUAAAAGAAGAAUGUUAGUUCCUUUUCCAGUACCAUAUGUAUUUUUGUCAUGGAAAUGCAAAUCUUACAAUGAAUACUUAAUGCAUGCGUAAAUAGUGAAAACAUUUGUGACAGAAACACUCGAUCUCCAUAUUAAUAUGUCUGACAUGAGUACAGUGUGAAAUGCCAAUUUUGUUUGUUCUUGGCUUCACCUAUGUCUAUUUUCUGGUUUUGUCACUGCCUUGUAUUGUUUGUAGCAGUAAAAUUACCCAUAUCAACAUCAAGUGUUUGGUUAAUUCUAUUGCAUGGUGCAUGAAUAGAGAACAUGCGCAUGUGUCAUUUCUCUCUGUUUAUUUUCUGGAUGCAUGGCAGAUUUUUUUUUAUUUUUAGAAAAGGAGGUUGACCUCCGGCCUCUGCAUCAAUCGAUGCAUGCAGCCAUAUUAUUAAAAGGCGUAACAAGGUCUUCCACGUUUUUUAUUGAAUUGGCAAAAACUAGCACUUCCAUAUUUUUUAUUGUGGCAGCUGUCUGGGGCUCCAAAAAAUCUAGGUGCUGGAGCUAGGGGUAUAUUAAGGGUGUUGACAUAAGCCUUCUUUAUUCAUGUUAGACUGAAAAUUUAUGCUAAUGGUACUUUAUUUAGCCUACAAACUCCAGGUCUUGCAAGAAACAGGGAGUUGGAGCUCAUUACCUUAACUUGUCUGUGGCCCCAGAGGACAGUUCAAUUUAGUUCAGCAAACACUAGGUGUAUGCAAUUCAUGACUAACCUCUUUAAGUCUGUCUGAACUUCAUUUGGAUCAUAUAGCCUGAAGAAAUUGACACCUUUCUCUUUGGGAAACCAAAAAAAAAACAAUUAAAGUGAUUUUUUGAAACAAACAAUUAAAGUGAUUUCAAAUAGUUGGAAUUUGAAUAACUGUAAAGUUCAGUUAAAUAUACAGAAGUGCGAUGCAGUUCUGGACUCGUAUCUUUGAAGCGCCUAGAUCAUAAAUUCUGACUGCAGAACUUGUGGAAGCUAACAUAUUUUGCUUUAAGAUAGACACGAUACAUCAAUCUACUGAAUCCGAAUAUGUAUAUUGGGCAGUUUAUAAAACCAAGUAGUGAAUUGAAUGUGGUAACUCCUUUUGCACACUGUUCUAUUGCCUUCUAACUCAUAUUGCAUAAUUGCAGUUUUCUCCUCCAAACAAUUCUGUCAAUCAUCUCGCUGCUUACAAUUGGGUAUAUAAUUUCUACAUUGUAUAAACAGUAGAUCUAUGUUAGCGAUAUAUUGCCUUACACAACAGCAUGUAUGUCAUGUUGGUGCCCCAUGUGGAGGUCUUUCAACAUGUUUCAUCUAUCCUCAAUGAAUAUGAAUCUUUCCCUACUGGAGAUUCCAUGGACACUAUAAACCUGUACUACUCUUUGUAUUGCUUCACACAAAAUAAUUUGCUAUGUGAAUGAACGGUUAUUUUGCUGAUUAUUUUAUUUUG